AACUAUUUAGCUGUGCCAGACUGAGAGUUUUGAAUAGACUUAUAAUUGGAUAUUCAUCAUGGAGAUUAAUGGUAUACUGAGUGCAGAUCAGAUUGAUUUUCUCUCUACUGAGUACAUAGUGUUGCUCAUUCCCAGUGUGGUUGGGAGUUUUUCUGUCCUAACGGUUUCCAUAUUGAGAAGGAGACAUCUACGAGGACAGGUGCACCUCCUGGUGCAGCUCGCAUUGGCAGACCUCCUGGCUGCUCUGAUCCUGAUGUCCACCAGUAUCAUGAACAAAGUUAACACUAAAGACAGUGUAGCCAUCUGCCAAUACAGUCUGCCACUGUCACUGACAUUUUAUUUUAUUUCAUUUCUGCUGGUGGUGGUCUACGCAUGGACGUCAAAGAACCCAAUCCAAGGGUGGAGAGCAAGAGAGGACACAGAGGACGAGCGGGGACAGAGUCAGUGUACAAGGAAAAUAGUCAUUAUACCUGUUUAUGCCGUUGUGUGGUUGAUCCCCAUGACACUUUACUUAGCAUAUGUGCUCACUCCCUUCAUAAAGACUACUCCAAUCACAGACCGAUCGUUGAUAAUCCCUAAUGAUACUAAAUACUGCACCAGUUGUAUUUUGUUCUUGCAUGUCUGGAGGGAUUCCUGCUCUGUUACCGAGAUAAAUCAUGACAUUUUCAUCAGAUUUUUUCUUUUUCUAAUUGUGAUACCAGUGAUGGUGUCUUGCUCGGUCAUUUACUAUAAGGUUGGUAAAUGGUAUAAAAGAUAUGAGCAGCAAGGGCUUUUUCCUGUGGAGGGAGACGGACGUUCGAGACGGAGGCUCAAAAGAAUGAUUUCUACAGCAAGAAAUAUGGUGAUGGUCAUCUUAUUCUGCUGGACACCAGCUCUUGUCCUCAUUCUGCUGUCUACUCUGAUGAUCUGGACAAACAUUGAACAACGCAGCCUCUUUGGCCUUUAUGCAAUACAGGUUGCCAGUGUGUCCUUGCAAGGGUUCCUGAACAGUAUGGUUUACGCCUGGAGACGGCCUAACUUCACAGAGGCAGUUCUUGGGGAGAAUACGCCGCUGGUUGCACACGACCGCCUUGCCUUCUUUGAUGAAUCACUGAGGACCUCUAUGUGAUUGCUGACUCUAAACACACUGAGAGACAUUUUUGUGCUGCGGACACAACACCCUGCCCUGAGGGACACUGUACGCCUGCACGCUUCAUGACUUCAUGUCAAUCUAUACUGAAACGCAUUUUCAUUUUCGGGCUCAGGAUGAAAAGAAACAGAAGAAAAG